ACUCUUCCUCCAUUACCCUAAACACAAAGUAUUCUUUUAAAACAACAUCAUUUGAUGUGUAUUUCAGCACUGGAGAAGCGUCUGGAGCUAGAAGAAAUAAACAAAAGGCUAGUCACAACCCUAUACGAUGCCUUGAACGCUCGUGAUGUUGAUACCGUGCAUCGCUUGUUAACUCCUGAUCUUGAGUGGUGGUUCCACGGCCCUCCGAGCCACCAGCAUUUGAUGCGCAUACUCACUGGAUCAUCGUCAGACGACAGUUGUUUCAUUUUCGUGCCUCACUCCAUAGUUGCCUUCGGAUCAACGGUCAUCGUCGAGGGCUAUAACAAAGAACUCUCGGUUUGUUGGGUGCAUGCAUGGACUGUAAGUGAUGGGAUAAUUUCUCAGGUAAGAGAAUACUUCAACACUUGGGUUACAGUCGCUCGUUUUGGCGACACAGGGGCAUCCCCGGAUUUGAGCAUAUGUAGUUACCAAAGCGUCUGGCAAAGCAAGCUUUGUGAUGAUAAAUCUGUGCCUGGUCUUGUGUUGGCACUUUAAGUUAAUAAAUCUGAAGGCAGUGAUAUUGUAAUCAAAAUCCUGGACUAUUUUAUAUAAUAUUGUACUUGUGUUA